CAGUUUGUCCAUCAGCUGGUAUCUGAUCUAAGGCUGUGUGCAUAUGUGUGUGUGUGUGAGAGAGAGAGAGAGAGAGAGAGAGAGAGAAGAAACAGAAUUCAGAAAACAUCCGUGUAGUCUAAAAGUAUGUAGAUACCUAACCAUCACACCCCUAUGUCCUUGUUUUCAUUCGUUCCAAAAACCAUGGGCAUUAAUAUAGCGUUGCUUCCUCCUUUGCUGUUAUAACAACCUCCACUUUUCUUUUCUCUGAAGGCUUUCUCUUACAUUUACAUCGAGUGUUGCUGUGGGGGUUUGUGCUCAUUCGGCCGCAAGAACAUUAAUGAGGACGAGCACUGAUGUCGGGUGAGCAGGCCUACAGCGAAGUCGGCGUUCCAGUUCAUCCAAAAGGUGUUCGGUGCGGUUGACGUCGAGGGCGGGUCAUUCGAGUUCUUUUUAUAUUUUUUUACUCGAACCGCGUCUUCGUGGAGUUCGCUUUGUGCGUCGUCGUGCUGGAACAGGUUCGAGUCUCAUAAUCCCAGUGAUUCCUGAGAGAUUGCACACACAGGCAUCCUGUACAGUUGUGUGCUUACAACUUUGCGGCAACAGUCUGAGGGGAAGACGGUCACGUGUCCACAAACUUUCGACCAUAUAGUGUAUGUAAGUCCAUUAAUCAGAGAUAAUCAUUGUAUCUAUCGGUUCUUUUCACUCAGUUUUCAUUGAGUACAGGGUCAAUUCAGUAUAGCCGUCUGUUAAAUAAACCUCGCGUGUAAACUAUGGCGCGUGCACAUAGUGUAGGAAACAUCUCAUUAUUAAUGCAACCCUUUAGGAUGUACAGUCUACGGGUCGGACCAUCAUUACGCAUGCGCACUCCCCAGACAGCUCUCGCCCCGCCUCUUGUCCUCGCCUCUUUUCCCCGCCCCCUCAUUCAGUUCCAUCCCCGCCUCUUCUCUCCAGCCACAAGUUUUUGGGUUUUUGUUUUAAGUGCCAAAGAGCUUGUGGUAUGGGAGCCAUUUCUCCACCUCGCUUUAGAGUUAACGGAAUAACCGGAGCGCAGCUGGAUAAAACUGUUCUGCACAACUUUUGACUUUUUUUUUUUGGUGGAGGGGAGAAGAUUUUUUCCAGUCUUUUAUUUUUAAGCCUUGCGUCUGAACUUUUUUCCGUCGGGCGCGCGCACUUUGUGGACUUUUGUUUGUUUGUGUGUGUGUGUGGGGUCCGGUGUUUACGGAACCGAGAAUGGAGAAUUAGACUCGUGCCCGAAAGCGCGCUCCUUUGCGCGUGCUCGGGAGUCGGUUCGGCUGCCCAGGUUCGAGGUUCUAGAGUGCGCGCUCACGCCGGAAAUCCCACCACGAUGGGAUGUGGAUUACGGAAACUGGAGGAGCCUGAGGACAGCAGCCCGGGCAAGAUUUACUCCACCCUGAGGAGACCGCAAGUGGAGAGCAAAACCGACACCGUGUACGAGUACGUGCUGCUGGACUUCAGCUUAGAAGGCAGUCGGCCCACUGUGCAGUACCUGUCCUCUCUGUGUGAGCUGCCUCAGGCCCUGCAGCCGUACUACACUCAGGGCUAUGUGCUGGCCGCCUUGCAUCCCAUCAUCCUCUCCGUUGGCCGUACACGCUCCCUGCCCUGCAGCCUGCUCUACAGGGCCAUCCUGACCAGACGACGAUCCAGUAAGCAUGCACUGGCCAUGGUUCACAGUGUACCAGUGCUGAGGGUUGAGGAGUGGCCACUGCCUGGAGAUUCCCUGACCAGCGACACCGUGAGAGCACUUAUAGACCGGGUUAACUGUAACGCUCGGGGAGCCGUGCGCUUCGUGGGAUCCGUGCUCCAGCAGGCAGGAGGAGGGAGGUGUAACGGCAGAGUGGCGAGUCCCAGACGGAGCUGUCGCUCCCCACCACACACUCCACCGGGAGACCGGGACACGGAAGACGGCGGAUAUAGUCCAGAUUUGAGGUUGCUGGUGCUGUUUCACUCCUGGGCUCCAGGGUGUGCUCCGCUGGACCCGCUAGCCUGCUGCUACCACCAGGGGGCGCUUUCUAUGCGCGUGUCCAGGAAAGGCCAAGUCGUCAGUGGUCUUGAGGCUGAUUGGCUCGAGCUGACAGCAGCUUACUACCGCAAAGGCUGGUCAUUAGUGGACUCUUUUGUGUACUGGGAUACACCUAAAGGUGAUCCAGUGCCCAGAUCUUUAGAGGGGCUGUUUGUGUAUGAGGAGAGAAGCCCUGCGUCUCCUGCCAACGACACCAUCGUUGUUGAGCAGUGGACCGUUAUCGAGGGCUCCGACGUGAAGACGGAUUACGGGCCGCUCCUUCACACUCUGGCUGAGUUCGGCUGGUUACUGACGUGUGUACUGCCCACGCCGAUCAUUCGCCACGACAGUGAAGGAAAUCUUGCCACUAAACAAGUGGUGUUCCUGCAGAGGCCUGUUAAAUCCUCCUCAGCCCGACAGAACAGCCAGGGUAGCUGUACUCGGAGAGAGAAGGCCAGUCAGUCUGUAAAUCGAGGGAUGGGAGCGGCUCACUCGGAGGAGCUUUCCCCCAGUUCAGGGGGCGUUGUGGGAUUCCCUCUGUUUGGAGCGGGCUAUCCUAGCGCCCUGUCCCAGCUGGAGGAGGGCGGCUUCGAGCAGGACGACGGGGCAGCCGAGGUCACCUGUAUAUGA